GUGUUAUCGAUAGCCGAUAACUAUAUACAGAUCUUUUGUUUUGCUAAAAAAGAAAAGGUUUAUUUGUGGAAAAGCGGGCCAGGAUUAUUCGCGACCAGGACGACGGAGGAUCCUUCCGGCGUGUGAUGCUUUAAUGCUAAAGUCGAUUAGCGGCGGCGUUGGCGUGGCAUCCACGGAAAGAGGAGGCGGCGGCGGUGGUGGCGGCGGAGGUGGUGGUGGAGGGGCAGGUGGAGCAGGAGAAAUAGGACCAGCAGCAGCAGGAGGAGGAGGAGGAGGAUCUGGAGGAGCCUCUGGCAGCAGGAGCACCAGCGGAAGUGGGCGUGCCAGUUGCGUGCUGGGCUCCAGUUCGAUUUCCAGUGGUUUGAGUGCCGUGUGCGGAUUUGUGACCGGCGGAGGGGGUGGAUCUGAUCGCGAUCGAGAUCGGGAUCGGGACAGAGACAGAGGGGUGGCCAGCAGCAGCGGUGGGAGCACUCCGGCCGGCAUCCUCUAUUGCCCCGCCUGUGUGGCAGCCGCCAAUCAGCAGAAUCCCAGCCAAAACUCGAGUCCCCAGCACGAGGGCUUCUUCUCGCGCAGCUCCUCCAAGUCCAGUAAGCGCAACAAGGCCAGGAAGAGCGCCUCCACCGCCGGCUGCCUGGACGCCCAGCACAUACGCGCGAAUCUCCGCAUGUCCAUGUCCAGUUCGAUGCGCAGCUCCCGUGGAAAUAGUGGCACAGGAGGCGGAGGCGGAGGAGGAGCAGCCUCCUGCAGCAGCAGCAGUGGCGGAGGAGGAGGUGGAGGUGGAGGAGCAGGAGGAUCCGCAUCCGGAGGCGGGCUGGCCUAUGACGCGGCCAGCAAUGCCAGCAGUGGGAGUGGCAGUGGCAGCGGCAAGGUCGCCUCGCCAGGCAGCUACAGCUGCAACGCCCUCAAUGUGGACUUCACCUCGUACACGGCCACCCAUCAGUGGACCCGGAUGCUCGAGUGCGCCGAGUUCGUGGGAGCCAAGCGGAGCAAGCACACUGUGGUGGCCUACAAGGAUGCGAUGUUCGUGUUCGGCGGCGACAACGGCAAGAACAUGUUGAACGACCUGAUCCGCUUCGGCGUGAAGGACAAGUCGUGGGGCAGGGCAUGCGCGACGGGAACGCCGCCGGCGCCGCGAUACCACCACUCGGCGGUGGUGGCCGGCAGCUCGAUGUUCAUCUUCGGCGGCUACACCGGCGACAUACACUCCAACUCGAAUCUGACCAACAAGAACGAUCUGUUCGAGUACAAGUUCCAGAGCGCCAUGUGGGUGGAGUGGAAGUUCUCGGGACGCCAGCCAGUGCCGCGAUCGGCGCACGGAGCGGCGGUCUACGACAACAAGAUGUGGAUCUAUGCGGGCUACGACGGCAAUGCGCGUCUGAACGACAUGUGGACACUGAAUCUCACGGGCGAGAAUCACCAGUGGGAGGAGGUGGACCAGCUGGGCGACCGACCGCCCACCUGCUGCAAUUUUCCGGUGGCCGUGGCCCGCGAUGCCAUGUACGUGUUCUCCGGACAGAGUGGCCUGCAGAUAACCAACUCGCUGUUCGAGUUCCACUUCAAGACGCGCACCUGGCGGCGCAUUUCCAAUGAGCCCGUACUGAGGGGCGCCACCUCGGCGCCGCCGUCGCGAAGAUAUGGCCACACGAUGGUCCAUCACGAUCGUUUCCUGUAUGUCUUUGGCGGAUCGGCGGACUCAACGCUGCCCAACGAUCUGCACUGCUACGACUUGGACUCGCAGGUGUGGUCGGUCAUCCUGCCCGAGCAGAACUCGGAUGUACCCUCGGGCAGGGUGUUCCACGCCUCGGCCGUGAUCUGCGAUGCCAUGUACAUAUUCGGCGGAACGGUGGACAAUAGUGUGAGGCGAGGCGAUACGUAUCGUUUUCAGUUCUCAUCGUAUCCCAAGUGCACACUGCGCGAUGACUUUGGCAAGUUCUUUCUGGACAAACAGUUCUGCGACAUCCAGUUCAUUGUGGGAGCGGAGGAGAUUCGGAUACUGGCGCACAUCGCCUUUGUAGCGGCGCGUUCGAAGUAUCUGCGAAAUAAAAUACUGGCUGCGCGCGAGGCACGCCAGCAGCAAAUGGAGAAGGUGUACGGCGUGGGCCAGGUGGACGCACUGGCACUCAAUGCGUGCGCGGGCGGGGACCGCGGACCCAUGCUAGAGGUGCGACUGGCCCACGCCUCGCCCGAGGCCUUCGACAUCAUACUCAACUACAUCUACACCGAUCGCAUCGAUCUGAAGGACGCCACCUACGGCAAGAACAUCAUCAUUCUCAUCACGGAUAUCUAUCAGCUGGCCGGUUUGUUCACCAUGCCGCGGCUGGCCCACGGCUGUAUCCAGUAUUUGGACUACAAGAUUAACAAGCUCAACGUUCUCGAGGCGCUCUACAAUGCGGACAAGAGCAACAUUAAGAUCAUCAAAGAUCACUGCAUGCAGUUCAUCAUCAAGGAGGAGAACUAUACCGAGGUGGUAAUGUCCAGUGAGUUCAGCGAUUUGGACAAGGCUCUGCUGGUCGAGAUCAUCCGCAAGCGUCUGCAUCCCAGCAAGCUGGUGAUGGACACCAGUUAUGAGGCCAACAUAGGAACUACAUUGGAGAUCGACCUGUGCGCCUUUUUGGAGUCAACUGGCAACGAUUUCUGCGAUAUAAGCCUCGUCCUGGAGGAUCAUGUGAUACCGGCCCACAAGUCGGUGCUGUCAUCGCGUUGUACCUACUUUCAGGGCAUGUUCCGAUCGUUCAUGCCCCCGGAUAAUAAAGUCAAUAUCCAAAUUGGCGAAAUCUCACCCUCGCUGGAGGCCUUCCACUCGCUGCUGCGGUACAUUUACUAUGGCGAGACGAAGAUGCCGCCGCAGGAUGCACUGUAUCUGUUCCAGGCGCCCUGCUUCUAUGGCCUGGCCAACAAUCGGCUGCAUGCGUUCUGCAAAUACUCGCUGGAGCACAACAUCACGUUCGAGAAUGUGCUGCAGACUCUGGAGGCAUCGGACAUCACCAAGAUCUAUGACAUCAAGGAGUAUGCGCUGAAAUUGAUCGUGAAGGAUUUUGCGAAGGUCGCUAGGCUGCCGAAAAUUUGCGGUUUGUCGCGCGAACUGUUGCUGGAGAUAAUACGCGCUGUGGCCGAUUCGCACGGCGAGUUCCUAACGCGCAUCAAUAUCAAUACAGAUAUCUGAAAACUGGUGCUGCUCCAGCCGGCAUUGCAGUUGUUGCUCGCCUGGUUGCAAAUCGGACGUAGCACGUAGUGCGGCAGUAGCGGUUGGCAGCGCCGAACGACACACACUACCACCACCUACAACCCACCACAUAACAACCUACCACCCACCACCAUCAAUCAAUCGAUCGAUUUGUUCAGUGAUCCUCCACAGAUCCACAAACGCCGAUUCCCUGGAGCAACUGCAUCGGGAAGAGCGAGAAGGAGCGAUCGUAAUUCAUACAUAAAUCAGAUGUAUACCUAACUAUUCUUAAGCUGGAUGUAAACGGGCAUCGGUAAUACUGCAGUGUGCAGCCUCACAGCUGAUGCACCGUCUACACCCAGCUUUAUAUAAAUAUUACCCCUAUAUGCACUCCAGUAUUAACCCAAAACACGCAUCUCCGAGAGAUUCAAACGCAUUGGGCUGCAACUACUAGCCAUUUACAGUUGCGGUCAAAAUAAUAACUGUUUUUUAGUUUAUGGAAUCAAUUAAAGUUUAAAAGUAACUUUAAAAAUAUUAUUGGUUGCAAUUUUCAUAAGCUAAUAAUGAUUGAUAAAAAAUGUUUUAAAUUUGUAAUUUAACAAUAAGAUAUUGAAAAACAUUUUAAUGGUUUUUGAUAUAUGGUUAUAUUCCUCUAAUGUUAUAAAAAAGUUAUAUAAAAAAACGUUUUUGCACUUUACAUUGCCGCACUACUAUUAUUUUGACCGCAUCUGUAAGCUUAUGCGAAAAGUCAAAAAUAGAGUUGAACUUCCCCGUUUAGCAACUAAAUUGGAUUUUUGUUAUCAUCUAGCUAGAAAUUAUAAUGGUUUGUUCCAGAAAACUACUUAAAGGACAGAAAAUGCAAAGAUUUAGUUGGUUUCUUAUGUACCUUCAAAGAAGUUCGACUACUACCUUUGUAGUUUUAAAGCAGGACUCUAAGGAAAACAAUUUUUAUGUUAAACCAGCUGUCUAUUCAACGUUGAAAAAAGCAGAAAAUCUUCGCCUUUGCUUUAAUUUGAAAAAACUGAAUUCAUUACACUGAGCGGAACAAAAAAGGUCCUGUCUUAGUUUAAUAUAUUUGCCAAAACCAAUCUUUUAAUUCGAAUAUCCUUGCGAAGUUAAGUGCUUAGAAAAAUCCAACGAAAAUAGAGUAGGUAUUUUCUAUAUUGAAAUUAGUCAGUCUGCAUGUGAAAAUUUGUUUCAGUGUUUUUAAGAACCGUUUUUUGAAGUACCUUAACUAUUCAGUAUUCCAAAGUCUGGUAUAUUGGAUAACCUACUUUGCAAGGGUCCUUAAAGUCUUCCCUUCUUAUUAUACUAUAUACUCCUACCCAAGUACAACUUACUAGUUAAUAAGGAUCUAAACCUAAUCGUGUGAACUCGUAUUUAUCUCUCUCUAUAUAUAUACAUAUAUAAAUAUAUAUAUAUGUAUAUGAAAGCCGUACACUGUAUGUUCUAUGCUAAGUAACCUUUGACCUUUAUCCACCUCAUCCCACAUUCAUAUGCAGAAUCACCCCAAAAAUGAAAAACAAACAAAAAAAGUUACUCAAAGCUAACGUUUUGGCCAAAUUGGGAUACGAUUCUUUGAUUUAAUUAUAGCGUUUAUAUUUUCUUAAUGCUUAAUGCUUGCCCAAAAGGAGUUUUGAUUUCAAAUAUCUAUACAUGUAUAUUCUAAUUUCCGAAAUUGUGAUAAAUCAGUUUUUAUUAUGAUUGUAUUGUGACGUUUUGUUAGAGCUGGAAAAGCAAUUUCGCUAGGAAUUCCAUCUCAAGCAAUUUAAUUUUGAAUAUUUUCGUUAUAAUUUCGUUUUAGUUGGCUGUACAUGACGAAAAUUCAGAAUAAACAAUAUUAUAAUAUAUAUGGAAA